CGCUCCAUUUCCCAAGAUACUACUACGUACUAGUACCGCACAACAGACUAUCGACGAGAAUACGCUUGGUGACGACAACAGCGACAUCCCACCUCCUACCUACCCUUAGUCUUCUGCAUAGCCCUGCAUAUCGCCUCCCGGCCCAAAUCACCAGCAUGGGGACCACCGAACCGUCGUCAUCCUCCUCAUCAUCGUCACCGUCCUCAUCGACGUCAACACCACCCGCCACAAUUCCUACCGGCCAAAAUGUCAACGUCUCCACCCCCGCAAGCUCGUCUUCCCCAGGUUCUGCGCCAAGCGAGAUGGUCAACGACCCUGCCCGAACGGGGUUUGACCCGCAGAUGAAGUGGUGGAUGAACUACUUUAAUGUCCUCACAGGCAAGAUGACCAAGGAGGGCAUGUUUCAUUUCCGCGAGUCGCGGUACAAAGUGCACGAGGAGAGAGACUGCAAGCGGUGCGAUGAGUAUCGUGACUGGCUGUUCAACUAUUCUCCCAUCAUCCGUUUCUUGUCCGAGAAGACGGGUGAUCUCAAUGGACGACUUGACAAGAGCAAUGUCGUCUGUAGAAGAUGCCCUGCUAGACUAGACGAGGACGGGAAUGUGCACAGGCAGUCGGGCGGCUUCAGCCCUGACCAUGGCAUCUUGCUUUGUGCCAACGAGGUGAGAGACCGCAAGCAUCUGGAGGACACGCUGGCCCAUGAGAUGAUCCACGCGUGGGAUCACCUGCGCUGGAAAGUCGACUGGGUCGGUGACAAGGACCUGAAGCACGCGGCUUGCACAGAGAUCCGAGCUUCCAUGCUCAGCGGCGAGUGUCGCUGGACAAAGGAAUUCUUCACCCGGGGACAGUGGGGCGUCACACAGCAAUUCCAAGACUGUGUGAGGCGCAGAGCUGUUCAGUCUGUCAUGGCCAGACCUCGUUGUAAGGAUGAGGAACAUGCCACCAAGGUCAUUAACUCGGUGUGGGAUUCUUGCUUCGCCGACACCCGUCCGUUUGAUGAUGUAUAUAGAUAGCGAACGGUCCGAUGUAUAUGUAUCAUGUAACAUGUCGUUAGCGAGCUCCUGUUGUUGCUGUUGGCAUCUCCAUUCUGGCUGAAAUUCAAAGAUACCCAUGAUUCCACACUCUCCUAGACUAUGGUUUGAAGGUCUUCAUUCGCUUUGUUGAUCAAUGACUAUCAAGUUCAUAACGCCGCAUCCUAUGCUAACUCCCAUCAUGUGU